AUGCGACAGUGGUUGUCGCCGACCGAGUUCGACUCAGAAGGCAGUGAAUAUCGCAAACACCUGAACAACCACGCUCCUGCCACUGGAGACUGGCUGUUUCAGACUGAGCAGUAUCAGAAAUGGUAUGACUCUGAUGACACUGGCGUCCUUUGGAUUAAGGGCAUCCCAGGAAGCGGCAAAUCCGUCAUCGCAGCCAAUUUGAUUAAUGUGACUCAGCGUGAGAACGCACCGGUGCUCUUCUUUUUCUCUCGACGCAUCCUCGCGUUGAAUAGCGACCCGAAAUGUCUUCUUCGAGAUUGUUUGUUUCAAGCCCUGGGCUACAGCGCAAUCUUGCCUGUGGAGUUGCAGCCUCUCAUGGCUCGAUUCCCCGACGUCGAACAGGUGCCGUUCAAGGAUCUCUCCGCGGUGCUGACAGCUAUUCUACCGAGAUUUCCCAAGAUUUAUCUUGUUUUUGAUGCAAUGGAUGAGCUUACAGCCGAUCAGGGUAUUGUCCUCGACCUUCUUCGAUUAGGGCAGCUCAAGCCUUCAUCAGUCAAAGUGGCAAUUACAAGCCGGCAUGCUCCACCUGGCGGCCAGCCUAACCACAUUUCGCUCCUUGAUCUACAGCUUGCAAAGAGUAUGAUCGGGAAGGAUAUCAGUAGUUAUAUCAAUCAUCGCAUGGGUUUACAGGGAGAGGGGCAAAUGAGCUCAGAUGAUCGAUCUGCAAUACAGGAUGCCCUCUCUCAGAAAUCCCAAAGUCUUUUUCUUUACGCCCGACUGAUGCUAGACAAGGUGCUUCAAAGUGGAGAUCCGAUUCACGACCAGCUAGACCGCCUCCCAGGUAGCCUGGUGGAUAUGUACACAGAUAUACUCAAUGAGCACUCCGUUCUUUCUAAAAUAUCCCGUGAAUUCCAAGUCUCACUGCUCUCAUGGAUCACACAUUCGUCUCGGGCGCUUCGUUUAACCGAACUCGCUAUUGUGGUCAACUCAGAUCCAAAUCGUUGGGGACAGGCCGAUACACGAGACGCAAAGCUCAUGAUCCGAUCUGCGUGUGGCCCGUUAGUUGAGAUACUGGAAGAUGAAACAGUUCAAGUAAUUCAUCAUUCGUUUACGGAAUUCCUUCUUGAUGACGGAAGGGUCAGUUCAUCCAAGUCAUUCCCAUCUUUGAUAUCAUCAGAUGUCCACCGGAAUCUGACAAUCACAUGUGUCGAUUAUCUUUUAUCGGGGUGCUUUGACAGCUGGUCGCUGAUGACAGCGGAGGAAGAGGAUGAUGACCACAAGAUAUCAGAAGAACGCCGAGCUUUGAUGAUUCGCUUCCCUUUUCUCCAAUACACCUACCAGAACUGGCCCUAUCACGCGGCAAGGUGUGAUAAAUUAGAUACAGGCCUGUUCGAAACGCUAGACAGUUUACUUAAGUAUGGAGCCCACCCAUUCGAAAGCUGGAAGGCUUUUUGGUUUUCCACAGAGGACAUAUUCCCGAAAGAAUUCUAUCCUCUGCAUGUGGCUGCUCAGUCAGGCUUGGUUUCAUAUACCUCGUACCUGUUGGAUAAGGGAGAUGAUGCAGAUCGGGCGGAUUCAUACGGACGCAGUCCACUAGCCCACGCGGCGAUUGGGGGCCAUUCAAAAACUGCAGCUGUUUUGAUUAAUCGCACCACAAGCGUGAGCACUAAAGAUUUUGACGGCCUGGCUCCUAUUCAUCAUGCAUCUAAAGGCAACCAUAGCGAGGUUGUGAAGGGCCUUCUCACUGCCGGUGCUGACCCGAUGGAGCCAAAAUCCCGAGAGGAUCGAUCCUGGGCAUCCUGGAGUUUGUCUACGAAUGGGAAAACGCCCAUGCAGUAUGCGUGCGAGUUGGGUAAUACUGAAGCAGUUGAUGCAUUGGCGCUUUACAUGAACCCUCGCCAAAGAGACGAUAUUCACCUUCACUGGGCCGCUUCCAAAGGGCAGGCCAAUGUACUUUCAGUGUUACUGAAACACCCCGAAAUCGAGGCGAACAUCAACCGGAAAGAUGAGAAAGGAAACACAGCCUUAUACGUGGCUGCCUGUUAUAGAAACUCUGCAACAGUCCGUAUCUUGCUCGACCAUGGUGCAGACGUUCGCAUCACCUCAAGGAAUGGCAGCGACGACCACGAAUUCACUCCGUUACAAGGUUGGGCCCGAUUGCAAGACCAAAAAAUGUAUGACCGAACUCCUCGGAUACCUACAGGGGAUAUGGGAAAUGUCCUACGUCUACUGGUGCAAGCAGGAUGCGAUAUCAAUGCACGUUGUUAUGAUGGCGAAACACCACUAUUUGCAUACGAGGAUCAAUCUCUUCUCGGAGAGAGACACUCCAAGCCAGCGGUGGAAUUCGUAUCAUUGCUUCUCAAGCACGGCGCCGACCCACGUGCAACAGACAAUAGAGGAAACACUGUCCUCCAUAAAGCCUCCUGGUGCAGGGAGCGUAAGCAGGUGGUGGAGCUGUUUGUAAAAGCGGGUGCUGAUAUAAAUGCCAUCAACCACGAAGGUCUUACCCCUUUGAUCACGAUGGCAAAACAGCAGAUUUUUGAUAUACGUUCUUUUGUCGACAAUGGGGCGGACGUCAACAAACAAGACCCUGACGGAAAUACAGCUCUGCAUCAUAUUUGCACGUCGUGGUGCCUGGAGCGCGAACAUAUUGAGGAAUGGCUAGCCUAUGCAGACCCAACGAUCAAGAACUACGAUGGAAAUACCUGCGUGUAUAACCUUCGCUGGGGGAACGGCGGUCAGGGAAGAGUCGAAGGUAUAAAGCUUAUGGUGGAUAAAGGCCUCGACCUCGAGUCGAAGAACAUACGGGGGAGGACAGCCCUGCUUGCUGCCUGCGAGAAUGUACAGCAUCAUUUUGCCCACGAGUUACUUCGUCUUGGUGCCGAUGCGACUGUUAGAGACUUUCAGAACAAAUCGUGU